AUGAAAGCUGAGAGAGGUCUCAGCAUCAACAAUCCGAACGAAUCCUGGCUGGAAAGCAAGGGAACGUGGUUUACCUAUGUAUUGCUCAUUAUAAUCGGCCAUUUGGUAAUUUUGAGCGUGCCUUUUUUCGAUACCCCGACAGCAUGGACCCUUACAAAUAUGUUCCAUAAUUUGGUAAGAUUACAAAUUCGUAGUGUUUAAUUUACCGCCUAUUUUUUCGAUCAAUUUUGUCUUGACUGGGAAAUCUGAUUUGGCUUUUGUAUCAGCUGUUGGUUUAAAAUAGUAAUUUAUUUGAUGUAAAAGAAGGUAUGUUUAGAUUGAUCAAGUUAAUUUGUCCCGAAAAACGGUUGUUAAUUUAGUGUAUAAAUUGUGAUUGUCGUAGUAUUUAUGUUUGAUUACCUUAUUAUUUCGCUGUUCAAUAUUACUGCUGGUCUGGUACUCAUUCAAGAACCAAUGUAGCUUAUUUUGGAGUAAGCUACAAUUUAACAGUUGCGCAAAAAUUUACAUUUGAGUACCUGCAACUACAAUCCAAACUACACGUAUGUCGUACUGGUGGUUCCCCCUGGUUUUUCUGAUUAUUGAGGAGCUUGCAGUUUAGUUUUGAUUGUUUUGAAUCAUACAGAAUAUCUGAAAGGUUUAUAAAAAUGUGCUAGUGUAACUUCUUUUGCAAUGAGAUGCAUUGAAUUGGUUAGUUUAGUAUAAAGAGGUGUUAGGUAUAAAUUUCAGUAUACAUUUAAUAUGUAUUGACACUAGUCAUCUCUUAUUAAUUGCUUGUCAUGCUGUCACUGUGUUAUUACGGUGAUAAAACCAUUUUGAAUACAGUGAAACCUCAAUAAAACAAAGUGCUAAGGGGUUUGCAAAAUUUGUUUCCUACAAUGAGGUUUCAUUAUACCAAGGUACUUUUGCAUAUAAUAAAUUUUACAAUAAUUGGGGUAAAGAAAAUCAUUCGUUAUACCGGGGACUUUGUUAUACAGAGGUUCGUUAUAUGAAGGUUCCACUGUAACAUGGUUAUUUAUUAAUAUUAUGGCUGACAAAUAAUUAGUCCUUAAUUUUGGUGCAAAGUCUCAGCGUUAAGUUAUAAUUUACCUAUGAAAAAAUGCCAUAUUUCCAUGGUAACAUUUCCUGUAUUUCAAGCCAGUUGGUUCCAAAGGCUGAGUUGUUCAAAGGAAGAUAAAUGCAAAUCCAGUUUAGUUAACAUGACCAUAGCAUGCGAAAACAUCCAUUUCUCCGCGCUCUUCGAUGCUGGGACGUUUCACGCGGAGGAACAUCUGCGACUCAGCGACAGAAAUUCCAUACUGAUGACGCAAAUCAAUGUUUACAUAAUAAACCCGGUAGUCAUGGGGUUCCAAGUAUAAAUUUGUCGCAUUUUACGAGCGUUAUAGUGUUGUGUUCAUCUGCCAACGAGCUCCAGCAAAACUCAAAUGCUUCUUCUAGAAAAGACUAUAUUCCACAAAUAUUGACUGUUGUGCUACAGAUUCUUUGUGUUUACAUUUGACCUUUGUGGCCUUUUGUCUUUUGUCUGUCAUUCGUAAACAAUAGCUAAAACAAUGUAACUACUCCUUGGACCAAUCAGCGCUUCUGACCAGAUUCCGGACAUAUUUUACGUCAACAGUAUGGAAUUUCUGUCACUGAGUCGCAGACGUUCUCUGCGCGAAACAUCCCCAGCGGCGAAGAGCGUGGAGAAAUGGAUGUUUUCGCAGGCUAACAUGACCACUCAGAUGUUCUCUUUAUAGUUAACCCAGGAUUAUUGUUAACCAGGCUUGGGAAAACUUGGGUCAGGUUCUUAGAUGCUAUGAUUGAAAUGUCAGGGUAUCAGAAUUAGAUGUCAGAAUAGUUCAUCCCUUCAAAGGUCAAAUAGCCUUCUAUGCAGCCCAUAGGCAACUGCAUGAUCUCAGCAAUAAGGUUGCCCUCUCUUUGCAACCUUUUUUGUGACCAAAGAAUUGGCGCCAGGCCUAAAGCUGAUAGAAAUUAUUAAGCUGAGUGUUGUAGGUCCGCAUUACAUAAUUCUUAUCUGAACUGUGUGACGCACAUUAUGUUGACUACUUGGGUCUCUAAUGACUUUCAAAAACUUAAAAAUGAGUUCAAGCAAAAAGCUCCAAGAUGGGGGAAUUAUUUUUGAAACCAAUUUUAUUUAGCCAUUAGAAAAGGUGAUCAAAAUUUGUUAGAUUGGUAAUUUUCCUUGUGUCCUUGUUCGUACAAGAAGUACAACGUAAAUUAAGCUCAGCUCUCUGCUGGGGUUUUAUCCCUGGUAAACUAGGUUCAAGACUGGUUUAAGCUGACAUUGAAUUCAACAUACAACAUAGGUGUUGUACAUAACUUUUUUAAACCAACUGAAAAAGAAUGAAAGAUAUUCUUGUAUUCAUAUAUAUAUGUUAAAGAUCAGUAAAAAGGCUAUAGUCUUUAGGCCUAUAGUCAUUGACAUAGGAGACAGGAUAGCCUGCGAAUACAGCUGUUUCUCCUUGCUCCUCGUUGCUAAGGUCGUUUCACCAGAAGGAUCAUCUGCAACUCAGCAACAGAAAUUCCAUACUGAUGAUGUAAAUCAAUGUUUACAUAAUAAACCUGGUAGUCAUGGGGUUUCUAAUGUAAAUUUGUUUGAUUUUAUGUUUCUUCUGGUUGAUUAUGGUUAAGUUUUGUGAUCUUUCGCGAACAAGCUCCAGCAAAACUCAAAUGCUUUUUCUAAAGGAGAAUAUAUUCCUAGAAUAUAUUGUAGGAAUAUUCAGAGAGAUUCAUCACGUUUACAUUUGAACUUUGUGACAUUUUGUCUUUUGUCUUUCAUUUGUAAACAAUAGGUAAAACAAAAUAACUACUAAGUUGACCAAUCAGAGCUCCUGACAAGUUUCCAGGCAGAUUUUACGUCAUCAGUAUGGAGUUUCUGUUGCUGAGUCGCAGAAAUUUCUCCUGGUGAAACGUCCCUGACAGUGAGGAGUUAGGAGAAACAGGUGUAUUUGCAGGCUAAAGACAGGAUGGGUGUUUAGAAGGUGAACAAAUCUGAAGCUGGUCCACUUCAUAUAGACCUCAGGCUCUGGAGUUAUUUUCAGGAGUGGACACAGGAAUGAUUUAUCAAUUACAUGUGAAUCAAAAAUUUCACAUAAUCUCUUGCUCUUUUUUGCAGAGUAUGUUUAUUUUUCUUCAUUACCUGAAAGGAACACCAUUUCAAACAGCUGAUCAAGGCAAGGCGAGAAGACUUACUCACUGGGAACAGCUCAACCAUGGCGAACAAUUUACAGAAACAAGAAAAUUCUUCACACUUGUGCCUAUCUUCCUGUAAGUUUCUAUACCAAUCUUGCUAAAAGAGCUUCUUGUUUCUUGAAAACCUUUCCUUAUAUAUCUAAAUAAUAAUAUUAUUGUAGAGUUUGUUAUUGUGAUUUGACUAUUUUAUCAGAAUUGGGAUAAAGUGGCAGCUUAGCUUUGGCAGUAGUGUGUCCUACUUCAGAUGUCUGCCACAAGUUAAUUGAGUAAAACAAAAAUGUGUUGAAACAAUAGUAAUGAUUCUUUUGCAAAUCACUUCAAGGCCAUUCCCCUUUGUCACUCUGUACUUUGUUUUUCUUUUUUACAUACAAUCAUCUGUCACAGUGUAGGAUUUUAUCUGUUUAUGUGAGUGUGAGAAUGUGAAGGGUGAUAAACACCCACAGCAUGUACCACUCAAUAGUUUUCAAAAACGCAGAAGGAUUCCUUGUAGCAAUUAUUGUAGUAAUGUCAAAACCAUUCCUUUCCCCUUCCUUUAAUAGUCAGUAAUAAUUAUUGCUGCCGCACGGGCAAGCCCGAAGCGAACAAGCACGGCAACAGACAUAAUCCAUCACAGGGGAAAAAAUUUAAAUUUCUACCCACAAUGCAUGUGAAUUUCUUAACCACAAUGCAACAGUUUUUUACCACAAUUUCUUGCAUGCCUUUAUAUACCAAACUUUGGUGCAUGAAGUUGGUUGAGGUUGGUUGAAUCCUCUUUAUGAUGAAUUUCUCUUUUACAUUAUGUUGUCAUAGAGCAUUUUGAUAACCUUUAAAGCAGCUUCCAGUAAUUGUUUAUAUCUUUUCUUCAUUGUAUAGUAAGAUAUUAUCAGAGAAAUAAAUGAUCAAAUUGUGUUGGAAAUGUAAAUGGAACGCUUCGGUCCAGUUGGAAAUUUCUUGUGAUUGAAAAAUGUUGUUUCAUUAAUAUUUUGUUGCCUUUUAAAAGGCGUUGCUUUCCUCUUAAAAACUUAUCCUUCACAUAAAAAUUUGGUCCAUUUUAUUGCAACCACCAUGUCCAAUAUGAACAAUCAAAACAGCCUGAAAGAAUACUAUAUCUUUAAACAUCUUUGAACCAUCGACCAACAACACGUACAGUGUAGAUUGGCAUGCAGUGGAUGGGAUGCGUAGAACAGAUCUUUGAUUGUGACGUCACAAAAUAAAAGAGAUGAUAUUGCACAUGCCUCAAAUCUGAGGUCCAUUAGUAAAAAUCGACAAGUACAGAUCUGUUUAUGUCUUGUUCAAUACACAAUUUUCAAUAAUCUCGUUUCAUUGACACCAAGGCAGCUUUUACUUAUAGGGACACUAGCUUAAUAGCGGAGCUCUCGCGCGCGAAGCGCGCAGCGGAGCACCAUGGGUAAGAAAAUGUGGUAAACUACCCAUCCAAGAAAAUUUGGUAAUCACGUGACCGUACACCAAGCGAGCGAGCGACCAUCCGUCCGCACCACAGGCAUACCAAUGUAAAAUAACUCAAUCAACAGGUAUGGCAACCCAAAUGCGACUCAAGGUUUUAUUUAGAAGAAAAAACAACAACAAAGUCGUGUCUUUUUCGGCGUUAUUUUUUAUGUUUACAUUAACGUGGACAACAGAGAAAGAGCUAGAGCGAGUUAUUGAAAACAAAGGAGACGAAUUUCUUAGGAAGAAAAACAUGGAAAUUCAAAGCGGCGGUGAGAAAAUGAGAAAUGCUAGCGACCAGCAAGGUGAAAAUGAGCGGUGAUGAAAAUUAAAAGCGAACAUGAACACAGGAGACAAAAUAUUGGGUAAGCACAUACAACAAUUCCUCUAAGAAAACAAUGUGUAACUAGGAAGUUUGACAUUUUAGCCGUACACAACAGCGUUGUAGUGGUGCAAAACAACAACAAGGGAAAGACAAAAAAGCGUGCUGCACGUGCAAAUUUUUUUUUUGCUAAUUAGAAGAAAAAGUGUGCUGCACGUGCAAUUUGGUUUUUUUGCUAAUUACAUCUAUUAGUCUUGAAGCCAUAUUCAUUGUCGUAAGCGUUUAGCAUUACACGAUUUAAUUUUUUUUUGUUUACACGUAUUAUUAACCAGAGCUUCGCUUUUAGCCCUGGCUAAAUCUAUAUAUUACUAAUUAUCCAUAGUUAUUAUGGAUACAUUAACUUGCCGUGGUAUUUUUAUUCUUGAAGAAGAAGUAGUGUGAUGUAACCAUUUUUAUUAUAUAGACAUGAGUGUUUUACUGGAAAAUAUACCACUCGUAAAAUUCAUAAAAACUACAUGCGGGACUCAAGUGGUUUAUUUUCCAUAAUCUCACACGUGAGUUUAUCGAUGACGUAAUCUCGGUAAUUUCCCUCUAUUAUUUUAUUAAUGUCUUUUUGUCCAUAUAAUAAAAAGAACAUUACACGGCAGCUUGAAGAUAUGAUUUUUAUUUUCUCGUGGCAGAAACAAUAUGUUAUUCACUCUGACUCGCUACGCUCGUUUGUAAAAUAUUGUUUUACCACUUGAAAAUAAAAUUCAUAUCUUCGCGCCACUGUGUAAUAUCCUCUAUAAAUUAUAGCUUGUUCAUUGAUACUCCUCCAUGGAACUCAACUUUUGUUUGUUUGCAUAAUUUUCAGGUUUAUGGUGACAAGUUUCUACACUAAAUAUGAUGGAAUUCAUUUUGUUUUCAAUGCACUGUCACUUCUUGGACUCUCUUUGGUACCCAAGUUUCCACAGAUGUACAAAGUUAGACUCUUUGGCCUAAACAAAUACUAA